UUGAUAAAAAUAUAAAUAAUCAUUAUCAAUGCGAAUUAAUCAAGCAACAAUGCUCGACAAUGCACCUUCAAAUGAUCUGAAUUGAUAAAUUUAUUAAUUUGUAAUCAUGUGGUGUUGACCUCCUGGGGCUCCCCAAUUCGUUGGACCGCUUCCGUCUCGUCCGCACUCUUCAUGUAAAGAAGGUUAAAAACGUGUUUCCUUCAAAUCCUGUCAAACUUUUUAGUUUGAACGACAACAAUAAAAAAUUAUUCCCGGAAAUCAGAACAAUGGUACUCGAUCUCGAUUUAUUUCGCGAGGAUAAGGGCUUUAAUCCCAAUAAAAUUCGGGAGAACCAGACGAAACGAUUCAAAGAUGUUGAACUCGUAGAGACUGUCAUCCAGAAGGAUAAAUUCUGGAGACAGCUGCGACACCGAGCCGACAAUUUAAAUAAACUAAAAAAUGUAUGCAGCAAGGAAAUUGGUGAAAAGAUGAAGAAGAAAGAGCCGGUGGGCGAAAGUUCAGAGGUACCUGAGGAAUUCAGUUCUAAUCUCGAUGGAAUCACUUCGGAUAACCUGAAAACCCUCACUGUCACGCAGAUCAAAGCCAUUCGGGGUUUGAUUGAUGAUGCAAUUGUUAGCAAUAAUGAUGAUUUAAUAAAGGUCGAGGGUGAGAGGAACUCGGCGUUGAGGGAAGUUGGAAAUCAUCUGGAUCCUAGUGUGCCGGUUAGCAAUGAUGAGGAUGAGAAUAAGGUGGAGCGAACCUUUGGUGACUGCACCGAAAGGAAAAAGUACUCUCAUGUGGACCUGAUCCACAUGAUCGACGGCAUGGACGCCGAACGAGGAGCAGCAGUGGCGGGGGCUCGAGGGUAUUUCCUGACGGGGCCUGCAGUGUUCCUGGAGCAUGCCCUGAUCCAGUACGCCCUGAGGAAAUUAUUCGAAAAAGGAUAUAAACCACUUUAUACUCCAUUCUUCAUGAAGAAAGACGCUAUGCAGGAGGUGGCCCAGCUUGCCCAGUUCGACGAGGAGCUGUACAAGGUGGUCGGUAAGGGAAGUGAAAAAGCCGACGAAAAAGAGUCCGAGGAGAAGUACUUAAUUGCGACUUCGGAGCAACCCAUCGCCGCGUAUCAUCGUAAUGAGUGGAUUCCUGAGGCUUCGUUGCCCAUCAGGUACGCUGGGCUCUCCACGUGUUUUAGACAAGAAGUUGGAUCCCAUGGGAGGGACACCAGAGGAAUUUUUCGAGUUCAUCAAUUCGAGAAGGUAGAACAAUUUUGUAUCACUUCCCCCCAUGACAAUGAAUCCUGGAAGAUGAUGGACGAGAUGAUAAAAAAUGCUGAGGAGUUCUACCAGGAUUUGAACAUUCCGUAUAGAAUUGUUAAUAUUGUGUCAGGUGCACUGAAUCACGCGGCAUCAAAAAAACUGGAUUUGGAAGCUUGGUUCCCAGGAUCUGCUGCUUUUCGCGAAUUGGUGUCGUGCAGUAACUGUCUGGAUUAUCAAGCUCGACGUCUUCUUGUCAGAUAUGGACAGACGAAAAAAAUGAAUGCCUCAGUGGAUUAUGUGCACAUGUUAAAUGCAACCAUGUGUGCAGUAACGCGUGUUAUCUGUGCGAUUCUUGAGGUUAAUCAAACAGAGACAGGAAUAACAGUACCGAAAGCAAUUUCGAUGUUCAUGCCACCGCAGUACCAGGAGGUGAUUCCGUUCGUCAAGCCAGCCCCGAUUGAGGAAGCAGAGAGUAAAAAGCAGAAAAAACAGAAGGAGAACAUGAAUAAAGUAUAAACAAUACUUUCACAUUCUCUGUCAAGCAUUUAUACAUAAUUUUAUUAAUGCAUUUUUGCAUCUAAUAAAGCUUCAAGACUCUGCUAACAGCAUCAUUGAA